ACUGCCUCUUCUUGAACAGUUGCCUCCAGCAAACACGAACCAUGCGCCCUUCCCUCGCCACCGCAGUCCUUCCACCGAGGACCCGCACCCAUAAUGCUCCCAACCUGUCUGUGGGCGCACGUGAGCACCUGUCAGCACCACGGCGGCGCAGCCCCCACCUCCGGCACACCCUCAGCCCAGAAAACCUGCGGAGCCUCGCGGAGCGGGGCGGAGCUGCUGUCGAUGCAACAUCUGUUAUCAACAGUCCUAUUGGGCUUCCACGAGCGAACAGUGACACAGACCUGGUCACCUCCCAGAGCCGAUCCUCGCUGACGGCGUCCACGCUGGAGUACACACUGAGCCGUGGCCAGAACCUCGUCAUUUCCUGGGACAUCAAGGAGGAAGUGGAUGCUACUGACUGGAUCGGGCUCUACCAAGUUGAUGACAGCAGCCCGUCCAACAUGUGGGACUGUAAGAACCGAGGGGUCAAUGGCACCCAGAAAGGUCAAAUCGUUUGGAGGCUGGAGCCCGGACCCUACUUUAUGGAACCUGAGACCAAGAUCUGUUUCAAAUACUACCAUGGAGUCAGCGGAGCACUGAGAGCGACGACACCCUGCAUCACUGUGAAGAAUCCAGCAAUACUGGUGGAUGGACUGGCAGAGCAGGUGGGCAUUGAUCAUCCUCGGAAACUUAUCAGCUUUACGUUGACAGAUCUCCGUGCCACUGGUCUAAAGAAAGGCAUGUUUUUCAAUCCAGACCCAUACCUGAAGAUGUCCAUCCAUCCAGGGAAGAGGAGUGUCUUCCCCAUCUUCAGUCACCAUGGGCAGGAACGACGAUCCGCCAUCAUCGCGAACACUACCAACCCAGUGUGGCACGGAGAGAAAUAUACAUUUGUGGCACUAAUGACAGAUAUCCUGUACAUCGAAAUAAAAGACAAGUUUGCCAAAAGCCGACCGAUCAUCAAACGCUUUCUGGGUCAGCUCACUAUACCUGUGCAGCGGCUUAUCGAAAAAAUACCCGGAGUCCAGCCUGUGAGCUUCUCACUGUGUCGACGUUUGCCCACUGAACACGUAAGUGGCCAGAUGCAGCUCAGAGUGGAGCUCACCUCUACGGGGCCUGAUGGUGCCUCUCCUGACUCCAUCGUUGGUAUUUCAUCCUUGAAUGGUGCUCCAGGAACCCCAUCAGAUGAUGAGGACUUGCCCCAUCACCUUACUGGAGUGGUCUCAGCAGGUCCCUCCCCUACAGGCUCCCAGGGCUCCCAAGGCACAUGGGAAGGUGGAGCAACAGCGCCUGCAGAAAAGGACUUGUCUGUGUUUGGGGGUGAAGGGAGGUUUAGGGAAUUUGAAAGCCUGUCAGGUCAUGGAAUGCUCCAGAGGUCACUGUGUGAAGAGGCCCCCAGGGGCCCUGGGGAAAGACCCUUUUGUGCAGCUUCGCCCCAACUGCGCUCUAGUUUCCCCACCCACACAAGGCUUAGUGCAAUGUUGCACAUCGAUUCAGAUGAGGACGAGGAAAGAUCAGGAGCCAAUGACAUCCCGCCGAUGCCACUGUCACCACUGUUGUUGAAUGGAGACCCUCCAGAGGUUGGUAUUCUUGAUGAAGAUGACCCAUUUUCUGAGCUUCAGCAGGAACCUGAGCGAUUGGAGCCCUUGCUACUGGAGGUGGAGUCCAGGAUUACAGGGGCUCUGAGGGAAGAGGCACCACCUCAGAGUGAGAUGGCAGCAGAGGUGGAGGCGGGUCUGGACUUAGAAGAUCAUUUGGACCAAGAUGUAUUCUGUGAAGUAGAGGAAGCUGUUUUCACAGAGGCUGCUUUACCAGAGAGUGCAGAAGCCCACGUGGAAGGAAGGGGGCCAGGUGAAGACCCUGCAUCAGAGAUUGACACCUGUUCCAUGGCGACAGCCCCACAGAUGGUAUUCUCAUCACCAGAUAGCUGUCCGGUAACCCUGACUACGGCUGUGGCCCAGGAUGGAGCAGAGGCUGCCGUCGAUCCAGGGGGAGGCGUGAUUACAACACCACCAUUCAGCCAAGCUGUGGACGAUGAAGGGGGUGGGUGUGGCAUUGUCAGUGAUGCUGCAGAAGAAGCUCUUCCAGCUGGUGAACGAGUGCUAGUGGAAGAAACCGGCAUCAGGAGGCUGAGUUUGCAGGCUGCUGGAGGCGUGGCUGACCAUCAGGAAAGAGAAGAGACAAUGCCACAUGAGGAGGCAGAGUUCGUGGAUUCAGAGCAGGUUGCCAUAGAGACCGAUGGAGAAGAAGGUACCCACAUCAAUGGACAUCCUGUCCGUUCACUUCCUUCUGUACGACAAGACAUCCACCGGUACCAACGUGUGGAUGAACCGCUUCCUCCCAACUGGGAGGCUCGUAUAGACAGCCACGGAAGGAUCUUCUUUGUAGACCACGUGAACAGGACCACCACAUGGCAGCGUCCCACGGGUCCCCCUGCCCCACAGGGCCUGACCCGCUCCAACUCUAUUCAGCAGAUGGAGCAACUCAACCGCAGGUACCAGAGCAUCAGGAGGACAAUAACGAACAGUGAUCGUUCUGAGGAGAACACAGUCGACCUGCUUCCUGAACCAGACACUGAACUGAUGCCACAUUCUAUUUCUGAAUACCGGCGGGAAAAUGUGGUCGGUCAUCCCACUGGUCGCUCACGUCUCUCCCUGCUGCUUCAGUCACCAAGCGCCAAGUUCCUGUGCAGCCCAGACUUCUUUACUGUGCUGCACUCCAACCCUAGUGCCUAUCGCCUGUUUACGAGCAACACCUGUCUGAAGCACAUGAUCAGUAAAGUGCGUCGAGAUGCUCAUUACUUCGAGCGCUACCAGCACAACCGCGACCUCGUCACCUUCCUCAACAUGUUCUCCAAUAAGCAGCUGGAGCUUCCACGGGGCUGGGAAAUGAAGCUCGACCACACUGGGAAGCCUUUCUUUGUGGAUCACAACUGUCGAUCUACGACCUUCAUUGACCCACGACUCCCUCUCCAGAGUUCUCGCUCCACUGGCUUGCUGGCCCACCGCCAGCAUCUGAGCCGCCAACGCAGCCACAGUGCCGGGGAGGUGGUGGAUGACUCACGCCAAACCAACCUGCCCUUUAUGCCCCGCCCCUCCAGCACCUUCAGCGGCUCCAGUCGAAGUCAGUACCAUGAUCUGGUUCCUGUUGCUUACAAUGACAAGAUAGUGGCGUUUCUACGGCAACCUAACGUCUUUGAAGUCCUGCAGGAAAGGCAACCUGAGCUUGCCAGGAACCACUCGCUCAAGGAGAAGGUGCAGUUCAUUCGCAGUGAGGGAGUCAAUGGACUGGCUCGUCUCUCCAGUGAUGCUGACCUGGUCAUGCUGCUCAGUUUGUUUGAGGAUGAGGUGAUGUCGUACGUCCCGCCGUUACUCCACCCAGGUUACUGUCUUUCCUCUCCUCAGAGCUCACCUGGAACUCAGCGAGCUAAUGCCCGCGCUCCUGCUCCUUAUAAGCGAGAUUUUGAGGCUAAACUGAGGAACUUCUAUCGAAAGCUGGAGACCAAAGGUUAUGGCCAGGGACCGGGGAAAGUCAAGUUGAUCAUACGUAGGGACCAUCUUCUGGAGGACGCCUUUAACCAGAUCAUGUGUUACUCCCGUAAAGACUUACAGAGGAGUAAACUCUAUGUCAGCUUUGUAGGGGAGGACGGGCUUGACUACAGUGGGCCGUCCAGAGAGUUCUUCUUCCUGGUGUCCAGAGAACUGUUCAACCCGUAUUAUGGCCUGUUUGAAUAUUCAGCCAAUGACACAUACACGGUCCAGAUUAGCCCAAUGUCUGCCUUUGUAGACAACCACCAUGAAUGGUUUCGCUUCAGUGGACGAAUCCUGGGCCUGGCUCUUGUCCAUCAGUAUCUCCUGGAUGCUUUCUUCACCCGACCCUUCUACAAGGGGCUUCUUCGUAUCCCGUGUGACCUGAGUGACCUGGAGUUCCUGGAUGAAGAGUUCCACCAGAGCCUGCAGUGGAUGAAGGAUAAUGACAUUGAAGACAUGCUCGACCUGACGUUCACCGUCAACGAGGAGGUUUUUGGACAGAUCACAGAACGAGAGCUGAAGCCAGGUGGAGCUGGGAUCCCUGUGUCAGAGAAGAACAAGAAGGAGUACAUUGAGCGUAUGGUUAAGUGGCGUAUAGAGAGAGGCGUGGCCCAGCAGACUGAGAGCCUGGUGCGAGGCUUCUAUGAGGUGGUGGAUGUGCGGCUGGUGUCCGUUGAUGCCAGGGAGCUGGAACUUGUGAUCGCAGGCACCGCUGAGAUCGACCUGGCAGACUGGAGGAACAACACGGAGUACAGAGGAGGUUACCAUGACAACCACAUAGUGAUUCGCUGGUUCUGGGCAGCUGUGGAGAGAUUCAACAAUGAGCAGAGGCUGAGGCUGCUGCAGUUUGUGACAGGCACCUCCAGUAUCCCCUACGAGGGGUUUGCCUCUCUCCGGGGCAGUAAUGGACCACGUAGGUUCUGUGUGGAGAAGUGGGGGAAAAUCACAUCCUUACCCAGGGCUCACACUUGCUUUAAUCGUCUGGACCUUCCACCGUACCCCUCCUUCUCUAUGCUCUACGAGAAGAUGGUCACGGCUGUGGAGGAAACCAGCACCUUUGGUUUGGAAUAAGCUCGAGCUGCAAUAUCAACGGACAAUCAGGUGUAACUCUUGUGUAACCUGGAGAGAGUACAAACUGGAAAUCUUACAGUCUCACUGAGAGAGACACACAAAAUACAAAACUAAAUAUCCUCAAAAGGCAACUAACCCAUUUCUCCAGCUGCGGCUGGCUCUUCAUCUCACAUCAUGCUGGCUUUAUUCUGAGAUUUUUGCCUUCUUUCUCCCACAUUUCUGAUGGAGGUUGAUCAAGUGGACACCUUGUGGAAGAAAGAAGAAUCAGACAAUUGCUUUUAAAAAUGUGUAUAGUCUUUUUUCUUCUUCUCAUAGUUUAGUUUUCACUGAACCACACGUGUGCUUUAAGUUAAUGGCCUUGGUUACUGGAUUUCUAGCACCCAACCUUCUCCCUCCUCCUCCUUCUUUUCCUCCUCCUCCUCCCACAGGGAUCCAGCCUGCACUACAAAGACACC